AUGCCGAAAGCUUUUCUCAUAAAGAAAAAGCACGAUGCCAAGUUGGCAUCGGCUAUCAGCGGUGUCAAGAGACCAUGGACCGAGGAUUUGGUGGAGUCGACUUCACCGAUCCCUCCUUCGAUUUCUCCGUCCCCCUCCGAAACAGCAACAGUCCCCGAUUUCUCUGUUCCAUUCGAUUUGUCCAUGAAGAGACGGUGCACAUCGUCCGACGCCGAAACGUCACCUUCCUCAUCUCCGGUCCGUACUCCUUCGCCGGUGUACUCCUCGCCGUCAUCUCCUCCCGUUAUGGUGGACCCCCAUCAUCCGUGGCCCCAAAAUUUCCUCACCUACCCCAUCCCCCUUUACUACGGUGCACCUCGUUUCGCACCUCGUGUGCUGCAGAACGACGCUGUCGUCCCUACCUGGAAUUCGUCGAUCAUCGAAACGAAGGAGAAAAUUUCUGUCCCUGCUGCGAGCGUAACCUCGUCAAGUGCCAAGUUCGAAUGCGAAGAUUGCCACAAGAGCUAUUCGACGUAUUCGGGCCUGAGCAAACACCGACAACAGCACAACUGCUCGAGCGAACAGGAGUUCUUCUGCAAGUACUGCGGCAAGAAGUACACCUCGAUGGGAGCACUGAAGAUGCACAUUCGAACCCAUACCUUGCCGUGCAAAUGCGACAUCUGCGGCAAAGCUUUCUCGCGACCGUGGCUCUUGCAGGGCCAUAUCAGAACCCACACCGGCGAGAAACCCUUCCAGUGUGACGUCUGCGAUCGCGCUUUCGCCGACCGCUCGAAUCUGCGAGCUCAUCUUCAGACCCACACCAACGUGAAGAAGUACAACUGUGACAUUUGCAACAAGACGUUCUCGCGUGCGUCGCUCCUGCAGAAGCACAACGAAGCCGGGGGCUGUACGACGUCGCCAUCGUCACCACCGCCUCGGCCCGCGCUGCAGACGCUGCAAUGUUGA